AUGGACCAACAAAAAAACCGCAAGCCCCGGUACAAGCAACAAAACAAGCGCGCAAGCGGGCCAGCGAGCGAUCAAGUGCAAGCACAACAAGCAAGCAUGCAACGCACGGGCAGAUCAACGUGUUACUGCUGUGGAGAAAAUGGGCAUGAGACAAAAUCAUGCAAGUAUCGAGACAAGAGUUGCAAUUUCUGCCACAACAAGGGUCACCUGGAACGAGCCUGCAUAAAGAAGAAGAAGCUGUCGAACAAAUUUUUGCAGGAAGAGCACAGCGACACGAAGGACGAGAGCAACAGUGAAGGCAGCCGAGAAAGCAGCACAUCCAGAAGCAACAACUACCUCGAUUUUUUCAACAUGGACUUCAAGAUGAAUGUACACCACAGCGACGCAACCAGGGCGGACCCAAUGUUUCUCGAUGUAAAGAUUAACGGUCAAUUAAUCAAAAUGGAAUUUGACUUAGUAUUGAAGGGAAACAAAGUCCCAUUAAUAGGAAGACAAUGGCUCUCAGCGUUUGGGCUGUGGCCAUUAAAGUCACUCAGCAGUUCAGACAUUGCGUUAAAUAACAAACAGGCGAUACAUAAGUUGCAGACGAACGACGUACGCGACAAACUAUUAACUGAAUUCGAAGUAUUAUUCAGCAAUACGCCAGGCGUAUACAACAAGCGUAGCGUUCAAAUCCAUGUAAAUCCAAACACCAAACCAGUCGCGCUCGGAGCAAGGCAUGUACCGUACGCGUUAAAGCCAAAAAUCGAGCAGGAACUGGAACGGUUAGUCAAGUUAGGCCAUCUGGAAAAGGUAGAGUCGAGCGAAUGGGCAACCCCCAUUGUAGCGGUACUAAAGGGUAACGAUCAGGUGAGAAUUUGUGGAGAUUUUAAGGUUACAUUGAACCCGCAUCUGAAGGUAACUAAACGUCCUUUUCCGCGAAUCGACGACAUCUUUGCAGUAAUGCGGAGCGGCUCAACAUUUUCUCAGCUGGAUCUCCCACACGCAUACAUGCAAGAACCAAUUGACGUAGAGUCUCGGAAAUAUCUCACAAUCGCGACGCAUGCCGGCCUGUUUCGAUACACAAAAAUGAUGGAAGGUACAGCCCUUGCUCCAGGCGAGUUUGUACAAAUCAUGGAGGAAUGUUUACAAGGAAUCCCUAAUACUAUCGCGUACAUGGAUAACAUUUACGUAACGGGCAAAACGACUGAGGAACAUUUUGAAAAUUUGAGACUUGUUUGCCACAGGCUAACGGAGCGCGGAUUAAGACUAAACCAAGAUAAAUGCGAUUUCAUGAAAGAGCGCAUAGAUAUUCUGGGAUUUGUGAUAGACAAAGACGGCCUGCACAAAUCCAAAACGAAGGUUAAAGCGAUGUACGAAGCGCCGCGGCCGGAAAACACUAAACAGCUGGUCUCAUUCCUUGGGCUAAUCAACUUCUACGCGAGAUUUUUGAAAAACAGAUCAGAUAAGUUACGACCGCUUUUUGAUUGCGCAAACAAAGAAGUUUUCGAAUGGACCAAGGAGUGCGAGAAGGCUUUUUAG